AUGAGUCUUGAUCAGGAAUGGCCAGCCAGAGAUAUAGGAAAUGCAACAGAUUUAUUUAUCGGAAUAUGCAAUGUUAAGAUACUUUACUUAUCUGCUGCUACUCUUGAGGUACUUGCUUUCUGCUGUAAAGCAAUACCGGUCUUCAACAACCUGAUUCAUUUAACUAUUGAGACUGAACAAGAAGUAGGAUGGAAACCGUUGCUGAAUCUGCUCGAGAAUUGUCCGAAUUUGGAAACCCUCGUCUUCCAAGGACUCCAUUACCCAGAUACAAAUCAAUGUGAAGAUAAGAGAUACCGUUUCAAAGGUAUAAACAAAUGUUGUGAUGAGGAUGGGGACAGAUGCGUGUGCAAACCUUGGGAAGGCACUCCUAUUUGCAUACUGAAGUUUGGAGAAUUCUAUAGUAAGCAGAUGGAGCUGGUCAAGUACUUCUUGGAGACAAUGCCAAAUCUUGAACAGCUAAAGCUCGAGUCUUUCGUAUGGAACAUCAUCAUUCGUGCCAAUGUUUCGCCGGCUCGACAACAUUCUCCAAUCUCAGUCUACCUCCGUAUGCGUCACCAUCGCGUCAGACCCGAUUUUCAUACUUUUCCGUUUCUUCUCCCUUCUUUUGACAAUCCUAUUCAUCUUCCUCUUGGACAACGAACUCAUGCUCAGAUACUUCUUUUUGGACUUGACAAAGACCCUUUUGUCCGGACUUCUCUUGUCAAUAUGUAUUCUUCUUGCGGCGACUUGGGCUCAGCUCUGCGAGUUUUCGAUGAGUCUGUCUCAAAGGAUUUACCGGCGUGGAACUCUGUGGUCAAUGCAUAUGCGAAAGCUGGGUUGGUCGAUGCUGCGCGGAAACUGUUCGACGAAAUGCCUGAAAGAAACGUGAUUUCGUGGAGCUGUUUGUUAAACGGGUACGUUAUGUGUGGGAGAAACAGAGAAGCGCUUGAUUUGUUUCGAGAGAUGCAAUCGCCUAAACCAAACGAAGCUUUAGUCAGACCAAACGAGUUUACAAUGUCGACUGUGCUCUCUGCUUGUGGGAGAUUGGGUGCGCUCGAGCAAGGGAAAUGGGUUCACGCUUACAUCGAUAAAUCCAAAGUUGAGAUUGACAUUGUCUUAGGUACAGCUCUGAUUGAUAUGUACGCUAAAUGUGGGAGUAUCGAGAGAGCGAAACGGGUUUUCGAUCGCUUGGGAGCGAAGAAAGACGUUAAAGCUUAUAGUGCUAUGAUAUGUUGCUUAGCGAUGUACGGUCUCACAGAAGAAUGCUUCGAAUUGUUCACUGAGAUGACCACGAGUAGUAACAUAAACCCGAACUCAGUGACAUUCGUCGGUGUUCUUGGUGCCUGUGUACAUCGAGGUCUAAUAGACAAAGGGGAAUCAUACUUUGCAAUGAUGACUGAGAAGUUUGGUAUCUCUCCGUCUAUCCAGCAUUAUGGAUGUAUGGUUGAUCUCUACGGAAGAGCUGGUUUAAUCGAAGAAGCAGAGAGGUUUAUUGCGUCUACGCCUACGGAGCCUGAUGUUCUCAUUUGGGGGUCUCUCUUAAGUGGAUCGAGAAUGCUUGGGGAUAUCAAGACUUGUGAAGCUGCCCUUAAGCGACUCAUCGAGCUAGAACCCAUGAAUAGCGGAGCCUAUGUGCUUCUGUCGAACGUCUAUGCCAAAACAGGGAGGUGGAUCGAAGUAAAAGGUAUCAAGAAAGUUCCGGGAUGCAGCUCUGUUGAAGUAGAUGGAGUGAUUCACGAGUUCGUUGUAGGAGACGAGUCUCAAGAAGAUAGCGAAAGGAUUUACGCUAUGCUCGAUGAGAUAAUGCAGAGGCUGAGAGAAGCUGGAUAUGUUUCAGACACUAAGGAGGUUUUACUUGAUCUUGACGAGGAAGGUAAAGAGAUGGCUCUGUCUUACCACAGUGAGAAACUGGCGAUCGCGUUCUGUUUGAUGAAGACGAAGCCUGGAACUCCGGUGAGGAUCAUCAAGAACCUAAGAAUUUGUGGAGAUUGUCAUCUUGUGAUGAAGAUGAUCUCGAAGAUAUUUGGUAGAGAGAUUGUUGUGAGAGAUUGUAAUAGAUUUCACCAUUUUAGAGACGGGUCUUGCUCUUGCAGAGAUUAUUGGUGA